GAUAUCAGCAUGAAUAACAUCACAAGGCUACCAGAGGAUGCGUUCAAGAACUUUCCCUACUUGGAAGAGCUGCGACUGGCUGGCAAUGACCUUUCUUUUAUCCAUCCGAAGGCCUUGUCUGGGUUGAAAGAACUCAAAGUUCUAACCCUACAGAACAAUCAGCUGAAGACUAUACCUAAUGAGGCCAUCAGAGGAUUAAGCGGUUUACAGUCCUUGCGUUUAGAUGCUAACCAUAUAACUGCCAUACCAGAAGACAGUUUUGAGGGUCUGGUGCAGUUGCGUCACCUUUGGUUGGAUGACAACAGCUUGACAGAAGUUCCCAUCUAUCCGCUCAGCAAUCUUCCCUCUCUGCAGGCGUUAACGCUGGCUCUUAACAAAAUAACACAUAUUCCUGACUAUGCAUUUACAAACCUUUCAAGUCUUGUUGUUCUACAUCUUCAUAAUAACAAAAUAAAAACUAUAGGAAAACACUGCUUUGAUGGAUUAGACAACCUUGAAACCUUGGAUUUAAAUUAUAACAACAUGGUAGAGUUCCCCGAAGCCAUAAAAGCACUCCCAAGUCUAAAGGAGUUGGGAUUUCACAGUAACUACAUUUCCAUAAUUCCUGAUGGUGCAUUUGCAGGAAACCCCCUUCUAAGAACGAUACAUUUGUAUGAUAAUCCUUUGUCUUUUGUGGGGAACUCAGCAUUUCAGAAUCUGUCAGAUCUACAUUCCCUGGUCAUCCGGGGUGCCAGCAUGGUGCAGUGGUUUCCUAAUUUGACAGGAACCAUUAAUCUGGAGAGCUUAACUCUAACAGGGACCAAGAUAAACAGUAUUCCUGUUAAUUUAUGUCAAGAGCAAAAGGUGCUGCGAACUUUGGACUUGUCUUACAACAAUAUAAAGGACCUCCCAAGUUUUAAGGGCUGCCACUCCUUGGAAGAAAUUUCCUUACAGCAUAAUCAAAUCCAUGAAAUCACAGAGGAUACCUUUCAAGGACUGUCCUCCCUUCGUAUCCUCGACCUCAGUAGAAAUCGGAUCCGUCAGAUCCACAAGGAAGCUUUCACCACUGUUGGAGCUAUUGUUAACCUAGACCUAAGUUUCAACGAACUCACUUCAGUUCCAAGUGAAGGAUUGAGUGGACUGAACCAGCUUAAACUUGCAGGCAAUUCUGAGUUGAAAGAAGCUUUGGCAGCAAAGAACUUUGCAAAGCUCCGGUCACUCUCUGUACCGUAUGCUUACCAGUGCUGUGCAUUUUGGGGUUGUGAUUCUUACUUAAACUCUAAUGCUGAAGAUUCCAGUCACCAAGAUCAAGGUGCCUUGAUGGAUCGUGAGAAGGCUGAUGCAGAUGCUCUAAGAAAUGAGGAAAAUGAGGAACUGGGACAGACUAUUAUUCACUGUACACCAGCAACAGGUGCUUUUAAGCCUUGUGAAUAUUUAUUGGGCAGCUGGAUGAUUCGACUUACUGUCUGGUUUAUUUUUUUGGUUGCUUUGUUCUUCAACCUGCUUGUCAUGUUAACAAUAUUUGCAUCUUGUACUCCAUUGCCAUCUUCCAAACUGUUUAUAGGCCUGAUUUCUGUCUCUAACUUAUUUAUGGGAGUCUAUACUGGUAUUUUAACUUUCUUGGAUGCUGUCUCUUGGGGAAGAUUUGCUGAAUUUGGCAUAUGGUGGGAGACUGGCAGUGGUUGCAGAGUUGCUGGGUUUCUUGCAGUCUUUUCGUCAGAAAGUGCCAUUUUUUUCCUGAUGUUGGCAGCUGUUGAACGGAGCUUCUCUGCGAAGGAGAUCAUUAAAAAGGGAAAAAGCAAUCGCCAAAAACAAUUUCAAAUUGCAGCAGUUUUUGCUUUCCUGUGUGCUGUGGUAGCAGGAUGCUUACCACUUUUUUAUAAAGCGGAGUACUCGGCAUCACCCCUUUGCUUGCCCUUCCCCACUGGAGAAACACCUUCAUUAGGUUUCACAGUAACUUUAGUGCUCCUGAAUUCAUUAGCAUUUUUGCUAAUGGCUAUUAUCUACACUAAACUGUAUUGCAACUUGGAAAAAGAGGACCUCUCCGAAAACUCGCAGUCCAGCAUGAUUAAGCAUGUCGCUUGGCUAAUCUUCACGAACUGCAUCUUUUUCUGCCCCGUUGCGUUUUUCUCAUUUGCACCGUUGAUCACUGCAAUUUCUAUCAGCCCUGAAAUCAUGAAGUCUGUUACUUUGAUAUUUUUCCCCUUACCUGCUUGCCUGAAUCCAGUUCUGUACGUAUUCUUCAACCCAAAGUUCAAGGAAGACUGGAAGUUGCUCAGGCGCCAUAUGACCAGGAAGAACGGAGCGGUAGCAAUUGCCGUCAACGCUCAAGGGGGCUGCGUGACGCAGGAUUUUUACUACGACUGUGGCGUGUACACCCAUUUGCAGGGUAACAUCGCCGUGUGUGAAUGUUGCGAAUCGCUCCUUUUAUCCAAGCCCGUGCCCUGUAAACAUUUAAUAAAAUCACACAGCUGCCCCACGCUGGCAGUGGUGCCUUGCCAACGGCCGGAUGGCUACUGGUCGGACUGUGGCACCCAGUCAGCCCACUCCGACUACGCGGACGAGGACGACUCCUUCGUGUCGGACAGCUCAGACCAAGUGCAGGCCUGCGGCCGUGCGUGUUUCUACCAAAGCCGAGGAUUCCCUUUGGUUCGUUAUGCCUACAACAUACCAAGAGUUAAAGACUGAAAAGGCUUUUUGCCAUCAGCUGCUCUAAUAAAGAGGUAUAACGCUUCGUAGACUGUUGCCUGUUUUGACCUUUCGAGCAGGAAGCACUUUUGUAAUCAUCGUUUAGUGUCAUUUGUAAAGAAGGGAAGUGGGCAGUAACUUCUUGAGCCAUACAUUUGAAAAUAAUUAAACAAAUAAAUCAAUUGCCCUGACUGUAAAUAAUUGGUAAACCAAAUCUGCUACCCAAUAUUUUUACUCUUUCCAUGCAAUAGUGGUUUCUUUUACACAGUUUUUUACAUGCUAAUGGUGUGUUUCCACGUUGUACUCCAGUUGUACUUUGCUUCUGCUGUUGGCAAGGUAAGUUCUGUUGAUUUUUUUCUUUUUUUUUUCUGCCAAAGCACAAUAUAAAGGACAGCUGUUUAAUAUUAAAAAAAUUAUUUUUAAAUGUGACUUUUCUAUAAUUAAGCAAGAAACUCUCUUGCUAGCUUUGUAUAGUGUAUUCAGCAUUGAAUCUCAGGAUGAAUUUUACUGCAGGGCCAAAAAAGGGAUUAAUUCUCCCAAACACGACUGUGACAGCAAUAUAGGAAUACCAUGUUUGUUUUGUAUUUCAAGCCAACGUUCAAUUUUAAAAAAAGGUUUUGUUACAACAAAGCACUUGUAAUCCACAAUAUCUGUAGACUAUGAAAUAAGCAUAUUAACAGCUGUCAGGAAUAAGAGGGUUGAACAUAUUUUUCCAGUGAUGAUGCAUUACUUCAGGUGAACCACAGCAACUUUCUUCAGUAUUAUGCAGUCGGGUCACACUGUUGGAAGGAAUAUUGAUGCAUCGGGGGGGUGGGGGGGGUGUUAGCAGUGCUGUCCAUGUAUACAGCUCAUGUCUUUGCAGAAAGACCGGCUAAUACUCUGCAGCCUGUUGAAUGUUACAGCACCCCGAUAGUAUCUACGAAUAGACUGAGAUUUUAGCAAAUGGAGGAAAAACAGAAAGCAAUUUUGCAAUAAAAUAAAAGCA